UCGUUGCAGCUAGCAUACACAGAGGCUCUCCAAACACACCCGAGGAAGUCAAUAAAGUUGCAAAUGAGCAUCACUUUCACUUUGAUUUCUGCACGGGAACCUUGAAACAACGCCAUGAGUUCCUCUAACCCUGCGACUAUCGGGGAGUUAUUCCUCGUCCUUAGCGAGAUGGGAUUCACAGAAGAGCAGAUACAAGCAGCUAUGCAGGCGGGGCAUUUUUCUGUGGCUGAGGCAGCUGAGUGGCUUGUACAGGGUCAAUACCUGCGACACACGUUGGUCCGGCAGCCUUCACAGCCAGCUGAGACAGCUUUUUCUGCAUUCAACCCACCAAAAGAGGCAGCACACGCUUCAGAGUCUCGCACAUCUCCCACUGACAGCAGAGCGGGUCCUUCAUUGGUGCUAAGGUCACCGCAAUCAUGCUCCCAGGACCCACCACCGCCAGUUGAGUCGCGGAUCAAACCAGACAAAAGUGACUUUGAGGAGAAAGAGAGACAACGCGUCGCUCAGGAAGUCAGAGCAGAGAGAAGGCAGAAGAAACAGGAGCGCGAGUUGGUGCUGAAGCGGAUCGCUGAGGAUCGGAGGAGCCUGCAGGAUAAGAAACAGACCAAUGCUGCAUCAGACACGUCUCCUCCCAGCAGUGAAGGGCAGAAGCUUGGAGGAAAGAUUCAGACAAAUGUGGACAACAACUGCAUCCUCAUGAUUCGACUGCCGUCUGGUGAGUCCAUGCGUGAGCGCUUCCCAGCUGAUGCCCCUCUGCGCAGCGUUGUGGAGCACAUCACCGGACGUCACCCCUCCCUACCCUCCUUUUCUCUCCUUCAGGGUUUCCCACGGAAGCGCUUUGGGGAGGCUGAGCUUGCCUGUUCCCUCCGCUCUCUCGGCCUUACGCCUAACGCUGCACUGUGUAUUCAGACCACUCCUCCAGAGACGCCUCAGGAAACAAGUCCAGCAGGCCACAGUGCUGAGCCGCCUCCUUGUGUUGCGCCUCCUCAGCCUCCUCCUGGCCAGGACAUGGUGGGAGAUCAGGUCCCUGUUAUACCUCCUCCACUACCUAACCAGCUGUGGGAAGAAGCAGUGAAUUAUGCAGGGAUUCCUGGAGUUCCUCCUUUACGGCGUGGAUCUCAUGACUGGGGUCAAGGCCAGAGAUUGGUUCCUGGUGAUGCUGAAGAUCCUCCCAUAGAUGUUGAUAUGGACCAAGAAGGAGAGGAAGAACCGCUUCACAUGCCGAACGGAAUGCCCAGGCUGCCUUUCUUUCCAGAGAACAGGAUGCGAGGAGGAUUUGAGCCCUGGCGCUGGCCAGGGCAAGGAAAUCGACUCAGAGAGGGCCCAGAAGAGGAAGCGGCAGACCCUGAGAAUGCGGGAGGGCCGCUGGCGCCCGCAGCUGCAGGUCAGGCUGCUGUUGAGCGUCUUCAACGAGCCGCACAGCAAGAAGACCGCCACGCCUCCCAAGGACAGCCAUCACCCCCUAAAAGACCCUUCAGAGCACCCAGCGUGCCCUCACUAUGUGCCUUGGCUAUCCGCGCAACGGUCCACCUCAUGACUGCUCCCAGCAUGCAGUACAGCAGCAGUCUAGCAGGUCUGACCCCAGAGCUAGCAGAGCUUCUGCUCAACCACAUGUCUCAUGAGAGGCUGCUGCAUCCACGCACCCUGGAGCUGUUCUUCGGCUGCCCGAUCCAGAAGUUUGUCUUAAAUAGCUACCCGUACUCCACCAAUGAGCUCCUACGGCAGUUGCGGGCCUUCACUGCCCUGAAGCACCUGAGUUUAGUCAACUCACCUCUCAUCACUGACUCUGGCCUAUGUAUCCUGUCCACCCUGGUCAAACUCCAGUACCUCAAUCUGGCCUCCUGUAGUAAGCUGACUGACUCCUGCCUGCAGCAUAUCACAGGUUUGAAGAACUUGUGUUUCCUGUCCCUGGACCAGACCAAAGUGACAGAUGCUGGGAUGGUACUGUACCUCCAGUCAGUGCCGUCCUGCCUCUCUCAGCUAAGCCUGAACCAGACAGCAGUGACUGAAACCACACUAGCUGUGCUCCCCACCUCUGUGCCACAGCUGCGACUUCUCAGCAUCAAACAGACUAAAGUUAAGGAUUUGACGGCUUUAGCAGCGAUGUCCAGCCUGCAGACCCUCAACCUGGAUGGGACAGGUGUGACGGAGGCAUCUCUGGAGCACCUUGCUACCCACCCUGCCCUGACUUCCCUGACUUUGGUGGGAAUCCCUGUAGCAGAUGGCAGUCAUGCCCUUCAGAUCAUCUCAGGUCUGAAGUUGACUCGCAUCACCCUCCCUGGACGCCACUCUGUGACAGACAGCGGGCUGUCAUUCCUCUCCAGACUGACUCUGCUCUCAGAGCUGGACCUGACAGACUACACACAGGUUACAGACCAGGGAGUCAGCCACCUCUCCACCUUGACCAGAUUGAAGAAGCUGUCACUUAGCAACACUCAGGUGACAGAUGCAGGGCUUCCCUCCCUGCGAUGCAUGCAGGAGCUGCAGGAGCUCUGUUUGGAUCGGACUGCAGUCACCAGCAGAGGAGUGGCCGCCCUCAUAACCUGUCUGCCGCACCUUCAGGUGUUGGGGUUAGCCAGCACUCAGGUGGGGGACAACGUGGUGAGGAAAGGUCUGAUCCGCUGCAGUCAGCUUGUUAAACUUAAUCUCAGCCGCACGCGGAUUACAGAUCAUGGUCUAAAGUUCCUGAAACAAAUCCACCUGGCUCAGGUGAACCUGGACGGGACCGGGGUGAGUCUGAUGGGAAUUGCUAGUCUCCUCUCCUGCACCAACAUCAACAGUAUUCGGGCCAGUAACACUCGCAUCCUUUCCCCUGACGACGUCUCAGAUGAGGAGUUGGAAGCCCAGUGAGCAUCACAAGCUUCAGCUGCCCCCAGCCCCUCUUUAAGCCCCUCUGAGAUGCUGCCUCCAGGAUCAUCUGGGCAAAGCAUAAUUGAUGAAACACUCCUCCUACUUGCACUGUUUCAACCGCAGCUAGUGCCACUAAUCUGUCAAUCAUGCGUGCUGAGUUGAAACCUUAAACAGGAGCGUUGUGUUUAACAGCGUUUACAUAUACAGAAUUAAUCACUAUUUAAUACUCUGCAGCCCCAAACGCCACCUGAAAAACUUUAUAGCUUUAUGCGCAGCUUUACAGGUUGGAGCAACCUGUGUUUCUCCAGGGGCCUGUACUACGAAGCAGCUUCAACAUACCCCCGGAUAUAUUUUCCUUAUCUGGCUUCACUUUUUUUUGGCAGCACGGUGGUAAGCACUGUUGCCGCACAGCAAGAAGGUCCUGAGUUCAAUUCCACCAUCAGGCCGGGGUCUUUCUGUGUGGAGUUUGCAUGUUCUCCCCGUGUUUGCGUGGGUUCUCUCCGGGUACUCCGGCUUCCUCCCACCGUCCAAAGACAUGCAGCUUGUGGGGAUAGGUUAAUUGGUUAAUCCAAAUUGCCCAUAGGUGUGAAUGUGUGAGUGAAUGUGAGUGCGAAUGGUUGUCUGUCCCUGUGUGUUGGCGCUGCGACAGACUGGCGACCUGUCCAGGGUGUACCCCGCCUCUUGCCCUAUGACAGCUGGGAUAGGCUCCAGCACCCCCCGCGACCCUGAAAAAGGAUAAGCGAAUGGAUGGAUGGAUGGCUUCACUUUGCCCUGGCAGUCAGGCUAAAUGAUCACAAGGUGGUUGUUAACUGGAGAAGUCCACCCAGGAUGUGUCUGUCUCGACAUAAGCACGUUCACGUGGCUGUGAAAUAUGGAUGGGUGUCCUGGCAGCAGAGUGACAUGUUUUAUGAAGAUGGUAAAAAUGUAAUGCUAGAAGAAUGUGAAGGAAAAAAAAACUACCACACAGCGACUGCAGCCAAAGCAACACUACUAUAUUACUGUAGUUUAGCCCCUCUUAACCCAGGAUGAAAAAAAUGGCUGUAAGUUAGUAAACCUUUCAGUAUUAUAGCUCUGUCAGGUAAGGCCUGCAUCAUGUCACCCCAGUAAGAAGGAAGCACCUUUGUAACCCUGUAGCUUCGUAGUACAGGCAUCAGGUUGGAGCCAAGUGGCAGAAAUAUACUUUAUGCUGGGAAUGUACAACAGCAUGCGAUGACUAACAGACUUUAUCUAAGGUAUUAAAUGAGAAUCUAAACAACAAAUAGCCAGUUAAACCAAAUACGGUUCAAAUGUUUUAGAGGGACAUGAAGGCAGAUAAAUGUCUUCCACUGAUUAUCUGCAUUGAAAUUAACUUUAAUUUUGAAGCUGUAUUCAAGUCAUACUGGAUGUACCACUAGAAGUAAUUGAGGUUUUUUUUUUUUUUAGCUUGACCAUUUGAAAGUAGUAUUUGUAUUGUUAGCAGAUAUCUAUACUGUUAUUACAGGAGUUGUGAUUAUGCAAGAGUUUAAUGAAAAUGAGCCACCAUACAGUGUAGAGUACUGGAAUUAGCCUAAAAAUUGGAUGGCUAAAUUUGACGUGAACACAGCUUUUUAAGUUUAAAAAAAAAAAAAAAAACAUUUAAAAAGGUAAAAUCCACACUGAAGAAGUCAUGGUUUUUAUAACUCAGCUCAGCCUGCAUGGAUGUUAGCUCUCAUCACCUGAAACUAGUUAUUUUAGCUGCAUCCUGGUGAUGCACCGACCUCAGCUUUCUUUUAUAAGUAGCCCUCUUAUUAUCAAUUAUGCUAAUGUUUGGGGGGGGGGGAUUUUUUGGAAAGUUUAGCCAUUUUCUGCUACAUCAGUGAGCCUCAUUCAGUGUAGUGUAAUGGCUGUAAUAUAACAUAUCUAUGCAGCCAUGGGGCUCACUCAGGACUCAAAGCAACUUCUUUAAUCCCUUCAAAGCUUUUUUUCCUGUUUACAGAUAUGUAAAAUAGUUUAUUUUCCUUAAAAGCUUUAGAUUUUUUUGGAUACAAACACUGUAUUCGUUACAAUUAACAAUAAAGUCUUCUCAAAUGAA